AUGCUGCAGACAAACGCAACUCAGGAACGCGUCCAAGCAGUCCGGCCUCUGUACAGCAGUAGCCACCGCUUCAGUAUCUCCUCCGUUCCUCCCUCAGACAUUGUCUACAUCACCAGCCACUCGGACACCAUCACCGGAAAGGAUAUUGUACUCUGGGAAGAUAUCGUCACUGUCUUCAAGCAUGCAUCCUAUGUUCGCCACGAGGCCAAGGUUCUGUCGUUCUUGAAGGGGAGCGACUUUCGAACCAUUGAGCCCCGGAGGAUCUUGGCUGCUCCAAACUCUAUUCUGGAAGUAGUGAUUGAAGGACAGCCGGGGCUCCCAGAGCUGGACGCGUUCAAUCCAACACCUUCACCAAUGCGGGAUUUGAACAAACGGAGUCCGGAAUACCACCCCUCAACCAAAAAUCGACCCGUGUCUAUGGCCCGCGCACCACAACUCAAUGGUAACAACAACAGUCGCUCGAGCAACAAUAACACGGACAAUGACCUGUACAAGAAAUUACCUCGUGGCCCUCAGGGUCAAGCAGAGGACAUCACCGACAUUUUCACCAGAGCCACCCUUGGCGACGCAUCUGCCCAAAUCAGCAUCGCAGAGUUGUACAAAGAAGGCGAGGAGGUCCCACAGGACUAUGAACGAGCUAUGGAAUGGUAUAUGCAAGCAGCCAACCAAGGAGACCCAACAGCACAAUGGAACGUUGGCUUACUAUUCCACCAUGGCCUAGGUGUGACCGAGGACUUUUUGAAGUCAAUGGCAUGGUACCGCAAGGCAGCGAAACAAGGUUACGGAGGAGCGCAGUACAGCAUUGCGCGGAUGUUUGAGUAUGGACAAGGGGUUCCCAAGGACGAGAGUAAAGCAGUGGAGUGGUACUUCAAGGCAGCCGAGAACGGACAUGUGCCGGCACAGCAGUACCUUAGUACCAUGGCUGACGACCUUACCCUGUUCUGUCUUGUUGAUGGGGAGUCCACAUUAAACGCCUUCUCUGUCAAGAUUGACCCCAACAAGACUGUCGAUGGCCUCAAGAAGCUCAUCAGGGCCAUGAAGACCAACGGUUUCAGCGAUGUCACUGCAGGCAAGCUCACGCUCUGGAAAGUCACGGUCCAUGCACCUGUCCGUACCCAAGUCUCUCGGCUGUCAGCCUCGUCCAAUUCGUUAAAGGCGGUGCGGACAUUCCAACAACAGGAGGAACACUGGGAGGACCCUCCCACUACUGCCGAUAGAGCGCUCGAGAGAAUUCGUGGGCGAGCGAUUCCUCUGUUUCCGCUCAUCGGUGUCUCUGGAUGUGGGAAAACGAGGACGACGAUUGAGAUGCUCUCCAAGAACUGGGGAUUUUAUUUCAAUGGAAGCGACGCGGAUUUGGAUAGCGCGGAUUUGGGGUCCAGUGAUCUCGUCAGCUUUCUCCAGUUAGUCCAGGAAAGCUCACGAUACCAAAGUUGUGAUUUAGGAAGCAACAUCCACGUUCACCUCUUGGCGCUGGCUCCUGUUCUUACUCGCGUCAUAAUUUUGCACCACUGUCUCAAUAUUGCGGAACGCGAAGGAACGACAUUUACUUGCAGACAUUGGAUGCUGUUGCAAGUUGGCUUCCGCGCGAUCGGUGUCAAGGACUUGUUUGCCAGUCUCUUCAUGUCGAUUGCGGAUAAGAUCCAUCGCCACUCCGUAGACAUCACGACCAUGCGCGCCUUCGCCCAAGAACGAUUCUCCAGUCUUCGCCAACGCCUUCUGAAGCGAACCCCUUCGGAAAUUGAGCGACGAGCUGGAGCUGACCUUCCUGACGUCUAUAAGCGACCGAUCCUCUCCCCCUUGGUUCACGGGCUCAACCAGAUCUCUUUCGAAGAGAACCAUUUUUGCGUGGUACCCUGUGGGACUGACCUCAGUGCUCUCGACAUGAAUUGGCUCGAAGACUCGGCUCCUGGCUCCAAAGGCUACAGAAGGUCGCUUAGACCAUUUACCGAUUUCCGAGGCUGGGAGUCGCUCGAACAGGUCCAGAACUACCGAGACCUUGUGCGUCGCUCGCUACCCAAUGACAUGGCCAGAAUCAUCUUCGACACUCGUGUGCCGAACGAAUCGAUACCAGAGCUCUUUGCACGCUUGCGUGGGCGUUUUAGGCCCAUUGUUUCCGCGAUCGAGCACAUGAUGACGCCCAGCAAUGGCGAGAUCGAUUGGAGACUGGCGACCAAGGAAACGGAAGAUACGUUGUCAUCAACAGAGUCCCGAUAUUGCGGCCGAGGGAACAUCGUCUUCGACAUAUCGCGAAUGAUUCGAAGAGUUCACAAUUUCGAGCCGCGAUACGCGAAAUAUCAAAACAUACAAACCACCCUCAAGACCUUUGUGUUGGAGCACUACCUGCACGGGAGUCCUUUGCUUCUCGAUACGAUGGAGGCGCCGCUGUUGGAAGCUUCUGUCGGCAGGACCCUUGAUUUCGGCGAAUGCACGAAGACGGUCCUCGGUGAACCCAUUGCACUGCGCGCUGCUGUGAACUAUUUCCGUCGAUAUGACCUGGAAUUUCACAGUGCGAUCUGUACGUUGCACGGUUUGGGAUCAAAUGCAUCAGUGCAUGGAUACCAAUGGGAAAUGGUAGUCUUGCCUAACCUGGCACACGUUUUCCAUGGCAAAAUCCUAUCCAACACAGGUCUAGUUCCGGAGGGGGAGAAGUCUUGCGAUCCCAUUCAGAAUGGCAAGGCCAAAAUUGCUGGAUAUGUCAACCAUCUCGCCCUUGGGAUCGACUCUGAAACUAUGUCACUGGAUGCGUUUCUGGAUGCUCAUGUCCACCACGGUUCAUGCAAGGAUGGGAAAACAGUUCCGCCGUUUUAUCUUCCAGCCGAGACACCAUCAGGACCUGACGUUGCAUUUGUUCUUCGUCUCGACAGCCAUGGCUACUGUCCCGUUUUCGUCCAAUUGAAGAUGCGACACAAGAUGACAAGACCAGAACGUCAGAAUGAGUUUUCUACAGUCAAGGCUAACGGUGUCCAAGGUUAUCUUCAAGAGGCGAUUCUUCAGACGUUUUGUACCGGUUAUCCUAAGCGGUUCCUUGGAGUUGCUAUUGAUUACCCGGCCAAGUUUGCAGAUGUCGAGGGUACAUUUCCGAAAGUCGGACGAAGCGAGCAAAUCCGGUCCGCCCAAGGAGACAUACCCCAGUGCAUUUCGCUGAGGAUUGACAAGAACAACAUACAUGACCUUUUCCCCCAAAACCAUACGCAGGCGCUGGAUAUGCUUAAGGGAAUCAUGCGACAGUUGAACCAGAAUUACUGGCUAUGGGAGUGA